UCACCACGAACCCAUUGAAGCUUCUCUUGUAGCUAUGAAGUAGAGAGUCUGGAGAGAGUACUGAAAAAGGAGAACAAAUUUUUUUUAGUUACUGUAUUCGAUCUCGGGGACGAUGCCAUCGAAAUGCCGAAGUAGAGAGAGGAAGAGAGAUUUGGUAGACUGGCGUAGUGAAUGGAAAUCAGCAGCAAUGUUUUAGGUUUUGCAUUUUCUAAUUCGACUUUUCGAAUCGCAUCUCAUUCCGUUCCGAUUAUCAUAUUCUGGGCCAUGAAUUUGAGAACCUCUUUUUCAAUAUUUACUUUAUUCGAUAUCAUGGCCAAUGGUGUAUGGAAGCUCGUACUACGGUCGUUUCUACUUGAAAGCACUUUCGUCUUUGAAUUUCGUAGGUCCAGAUCGUCCGCGAAAUUUACUCAAAAACAUUUAAAGAAGAGGACGGAGGAAUUGUUUGAAAUUUUGAAGGCUAAUGAAUCAACUGGAUGGAAAUCAAGAUUCAAAAAGAAAGGCAGAACCACACAAAUCAGACAGAACAGUUCUCUCCCGGAUGACUCCUGUGGAAGCAAUCUUGACAUCAGAAACGUCUAUGCAGAUGUGCAAUGGCGGCCAAAACUGCAGCUACCAGAAGCCCCAUGUUGUUCUCACAACGAUUUCCUGCAUUGUGCGGCCGACCCUGGCGGCGACGUGCUUCAGCCGAACCAGCUGCAUAAACAGGGAUUACGGCGGAACCUCCUCCUGAAUGAGGUCUACUGCCACCGCCAUUAUCGCCGCCGGCUGCGCUUCCACGACCAACACCAUGAGAUACGGUGCUUAAACUGUAUCUCGUGCCAAUCUGAUUUGCAGAGAAAAACAAACUGGUAGCAAAAACGAAACACCAAACAAAUUGUGAUCUCUUAAGUUCUUUAAAGAUAGACAAAAUGACGUCAAUUGCAAACAGGCGGCUUGAUGGAUUCAUGUGAUUCUCCAUCUUUCGCAGUUAAAAGUGGGUCCAUAAGAGAGGUAUGGGCAUCAAACGACAUAUAUUAUAUAUCCUUUAUUUUUAAUUUUAUUCUCAAUAUGGGCCUUAAUAUCUGAACAUCUGAAUUAUGUUGAAGUUUGCUAUAUAGUUUAACCUCAAAAUAUUUCCUCUUACCAACAUGAAAGCAGUUGGUUAGCUGUAUUUAGAAGUCUAGACUUACAAUCACUCUUUUCUUUUGGAAACUAAGAAAUUAGUUGGGUUUUGUUGGUUGUGGCCCAAAAGGCAUGGCUUAUGGUCAUGAUCCAAUUUAUUUGGCUGAAUAUAUCAGAUAAUCCCUCACCAUUGAGAUAA